GUUAAGUUAAGUGGAGAGUAAAUGAAGUAAAUUAGUCACUGUCAUUGUAGUAAAUCGAAUUACUAAAAGUAGUAAGUUUUUCUUUUUGCGUGGCUAUGAAGUCAUAAAAUCAGAGAGACUGAUAAAGAGAGAGAGAGAUUAGAGUAUAGGAAGAUCACAGAAACUGAGUCAUAAAAUCAGAGAGAGAAAUUGAUUCAUUAAGAGAGAGAGAAGUUGUAGAGAGAGAGUGGUUGAAGAAAGUGAGAGAUGAUGAACAGAGUUUUUGGUGAGAUGAUUGAUGAUGCAGAAAAACCCGGAUUCUUCAAGAUCCUUCGAAGGGGAGAUUUGUCGUCUGAAAUCAUGAGAGGGAUUCCUCUAAACUUCAUCAAAAGCAUCUCGGAGGAGGAUUUAUCGGCUAACAUUGUGUUGAAAGUUUCAUGGGGAAGCUCAUGGACAAUCAGAAUUUCUAGAAACCUAUGCUUCUACUUCAUGGAGAAAAAGGGAUGGGAUCAGUUUUUGAGUGACAAUGAUUUGGGCGAUAACGAGUUCCUUACCUUUACGCACAAAGGACAUAGGUGUUUUAGUGUUGACAUCUACCAGAUAGACGGCAUGGAGCUGCUUAGGCCACGCAAAUCUGCACCUACCGUUGCUUCUAGUUCCGGUCUGAACAAGACAGAACAAAGGGAGAACAUGUUUGAGCACUCUUCGUCUGAAUCAAGCUAUCUUGGUCUCAAAACAGCUGAAUCAACAGGAAGAAGACAAACUGAGAAAUCAAAGAAGAAGAAGAAGAUGAAGGUGGAAAGUAUUAGUGACGGUUCUGAAGACGACACUCUUAUUGUUCCGGAAUUUACCAUCACUAUAAAGAAGUCAUACCUCAUAUUCUUGGGGAUCCCAAAGAUGUUUGAGCAGUUGCAUAUGCCAAAGGAGACAACAAUGUUCAAGAUUCAUGAUCCGGAAAGGGAAACGUCAUGGGAUGUUAUGUAUAAGUUCAUUAAUAAUAAGCAAUCAAGAUUCUGUGCUGGAUGGAUCCGUUUGGCUAAAGAUUUAGGUUUAACGAUUGGAGAUGUUUGCACCUUCACGCUCGUCAAGCCUACCGAGAUGGUUGUUACAGUCACCAGAAGAGAGAUCAAUCUCUGAAACUUUAGUUUAAUAUGUUAGCAGAACCCAUCUUGAUUACAUUGUUUCUCUUAAAGACUUUUGUAUUAGCACUACUUGGAUACAAUGGUUCUUCUUUCCGGUUCGGAAUUAAUUCGGUUUAAUAUAAAUAGUUCCGGUUCAAUUUU